AUGGCAUCCGCCGACUAUAAGUUUGAAGGAUGGCUUGGACGAAAUCCUGAUAGCGUUAAUGGAAAGAUGGAGUGGGGAGAGUUCGAACCCAAGAAGUGGACCGAGGAUGAUGUUGACAUCGAGGUAACGCACUGCGGCAUGUGCGGCAGCGACUUACAUACUUUGUCCUCUGGAUGGGGAGAAGUGCCCUACCCCUGCUGUGUCGGUCACGAGAUUGUUGGCAAGGCCGUCCGGGUAGGGAGCAACGUGAAGAACAUCACACUUGGCGACCGCGUCGGUGUCGGUGCCCAGUCCCUCAGCUGUUUGCAGCCCGAUUGCCCUGCCUGUUCCGCUGGAGAGGAGAUGACCUGCAACAAUGUUAACGUUAAUACAUAUGCUGCUAGGUACCCCGACGACAUGGGGAUAUCCUACGGGGGAUAUUCAAACUACAACCGGACGAAUGGUCACUUUGUCAUCAAAAUCCCCGACCAACUGGCUUCCGAACAUGCCGCACCAAUGCUCUGUGGGGGCAUCACCGUGUACCGACCAUUGAAAAUGAACGGGUGUGGCCCUGGCAAGUCCGUGGCUAUAGCAGGCGUUGGCGGUCUAGGACACUUUGGUAUCCUGUUUGCCAAAGCUCUGGGCGCGGAUAGAGUUACUGGUAUCUCAAGGAAAGAGUCUAAACGAAACGAGGUUCUCUCGCUCGGCGCCGAUGAGUAUAUCGCGACCGACGACGAGUCAAACUGGGAAGAGACACAUAGGCGGAAGUUUGAUCUCAUCAUAUCCACGGUGUCGAGCGAAAAGAUGCCGAUGAAUGGGUACUUGAAACUUCUCAAGACUAAAGGCAGUCUGAUUCAAGUUGGUGCACCUGAUGGUGGCGCCCUGCCUCCAAUCAAUGUCUUCACCCUCCUUUCCAACGAAAUUAAGCUCGGAGGAAGUCCAAUUGGGUCGCCCGGAGACAUUAGAGAGAUGCUCGAUUUGGCGGUCAAGAAGAGCGUCAAGCCCUGGAUAGAGUUGCGGCCGCUCAAGGACGCCAACCAAGCCAUCCUCGACUUGAAGGCAGGCAGGCCGCGGUUCAGAUAUGUCCUUGUGAAUGAAAAGAACGCCUAG